CGACAGAGCGUCCGCCCUCGCCUGCUGCCGUGCGGCGCGUUUCAAAUCCAACGCGAUGCACUCGUGUGGUCAGUUCCGAGCUGGUUCCGGUGCGGGCGAGUUGCGACAGUUUGGCCAGUGCGACCGUUCUCUGGUGGUGAAAGCCGCGGCAUGCAGCGUCGCGGCGCCGGCUUCCUCGCUUCCGUUACUCUAUGGACGCUUUUCCUGCAGCACACGGAUGCGGACUGGUGGCAACUUGGUCUGCCGAAUAUUAUGACAAACUCCGUCGAGCUUACGCCCGUAGAACACAAAGAAAGAUGCAUGAAAUUGGAUUAUUUCAACGAGCCGCAGAAACAGAUUUGCUCAAAAUAUGACAAAAUAUUACCGAUAUUAGGCAACGGCGCCCGUUUUGCAAUAGAAGAAUGCCAGAACAUAUUUUCAUAUAGCAGAUGGAACUGCACAACAUUUUUGGAAACGAACAACACCUUCGGAAACGUCGCAAAAAUUCGAAGCAGAGAAUCGGCCUAUUUGUCAGCGAUAUCAGCGGCCAGUAUAGCCUACGCAGUGACCAGGGCCUGCUCGAAGGGCGAGCUAGCCGAAUAUUGUUCCUGCGAUAACCGGCUGAAGAAAAGGAAAACGCAGAAAUUCAAAUGGGGCGGUUGCUCGGACGACAUCCGGUACGGGGAGAACUUCAGCAAGCAGUUCCUCGAUAUAAGAGAGGACCCGAACACCGCAUUGGGGCUCAUGAACUUGCACAACAACGAAGCUGGUCGACGUAGCGUCCGCUCGCGAAUGCAGAAGACGUGCAAAUGCCACGGCGUAUCGGGAUCCUGCAGCAUGCAAAUCUGCUGGAGGCGGCUGCCUCCUUUCCGGAAGGUAGCCGAGGGUUUGUUCCAGCGCUACGAAGGCGCUUCGCACGUCAAAUUCGUCGAGAGACGACGGAAAAAAUUGAAAGCCAUCAGCUCCGAUUUGAAGAAACCCAUCAGAACUGAUUUGGUGUAUUUGGACGAUUCUCCGGAUUAUUGCGAAAGGAACGAAACACUGAAUAUUCUUGGAACCCACGGAAGGAUCUGUAACAGAACCAGCCACGGAAUGGACGGGUGCCGGCUGCUUUGCUGCGGUAGAGGGUACCAAACGCGCGUUAAAGAGGUGGAGGAAAAAUGCAACUGUAGAUUCGUGUGGUGUUGUAACGUCGUAUGUGAUAUCUGUAGAUCGAGGAGAGAAGAGCACGUGUGCAAUUAGGAGAUGCGACAUAAUCCGUUUGGCAUUGCUUUAACAUUUAACCGAAUGGUUUUCGCAGGAUAAGUGGAGACUGGAAUGCAACCGAUGAUUGUACCAAAUUUUUAACAUGAGAAUACUUCUAUCGCAUCGAUUCAUUUUCGAUACAUUUUUAUUGGUGUUUGUAAUUACAUGUACACCGUCUGGUAGUUUAUGCGAUAAAGGUAUGUGUGGAAAUGGGAUAUUUUGAGUGUUCAUGUACAGAUACGUGCCAAAGUAUUUACCAAUUAUUCUGUAGAUAUAUUAGCUAUUUGAUGGAUUUUCUUGCGUCCAUACAUUAACAAUGCAGCUUUUUACAAACGGCACUAUUAUUUUACAUUUUUGUAAUAUAUUUGAAAGGUCAACAAUCACGAAUUCGAUUAGUUAUACGAUUGUGUACAUACAUACUUACAGAACUUCAUAAUGAUAUUAUAAAAUCGAAUACACAAGUACUUAAACUAAUUUAAUUUUAUUAUAGAAUCAUAAAGGUUUAUUAGAAUUUUAUAGAAAUCGACAGGUAAUGAAAUGUUUAAAAAAUAAUUUCUAUUUUUCCUUUUAUUGCAAUACAUUUUUUUGUUAGACGCCCACAAAUAUAUCGAGGAACACUUUAUAAUUCAUUAACCUAAGAAAAAUGGGGCGGUAAUUUUAAAAGCACCCUCUCUCUAUCCUAGACUUAUAGAUGUUAAACCCGAAUAUUGUAAUAACAUUGACGCACCUAUGUAAAUUUCUUAGUGAAUUGGCUCAUGUCUUGCAAUCUUAGUUAAAGUUAUAAUCAAACUGCACUGAUAUUUUAACGCUUGUUCUUUUAUUGUAAACAAAUAGAAAUCUGUGAUUAUUUUUUGUAUUAAACCACAUUUUUUUAUACAUUUUUUGGGAAUGUUAGAUUUUGAAAAUUAUAAACUUUAAUGGGCUUUUCUU